GCUCUCGCACCGGGGCGGACGACACAUACGCCCAGCAGUGCCAACGGACGACUCUUCAGCACGAGACACAGGAUGCGCGCUCUGCUACCCUUGCUGGUGGCAGUGGCCCUAGCGGCGGCCGCGGUGUCGGCGCAAGGCUACGGGCCGCCUCGCAAGUCGCACAAGAAGCCGGUCAGCAGCACCACGCCCGCGCCGCUGCCCUCCAGCCCUGCCCCCGUGCAGCCUCCCAGCGAGGACGAGCUGCAGCAGAACUUGCUGCCCUCUGACUUCGGCCUCAGCAGUAACAAUGGCCGUUUCUGGUGGCAGCAGGGGGCCUUCAGUGGUGCCACCGCCUCCUCUAGUUCUGGAUCCUUAGCUGGACCAGGAUGUGGGCCGGGCUCGGCGUGCUCGCGGCCAGGGCCUGCAGGCACCACGGGCCAGUACGGCGAGUCCUCGCUGCUGCUGCCGGGGUCGCGGCCGGCCUCCGGCUGCGGCGGUGCGUCGGGCGGCGCCUGCGCACAGCCCGGCUUCCCAGGCGCCCCAGGCACGACGGGAGCGUUUGGCGAGACGGGCCUGGGAAGCUACCCGCAGCCGGGCGCUCCAGGCACCACGGGGGCGCUGGGGGAGACCAGCCUGCAGGGCAACCCCUUCCUGAGCGGUCUCCUGCCAGGGGGCGGCUCCGGAGUUGGCGGCGGCACGGUCCCCUGCAAGACCAGGAGCGGACACGCCUGCGUCCAGAAGACCCUCUGCAGCAACGGCAAGGUGCUGCCUGGCGUCAAGAUCAACACCUACACGAUCCGUGACUGUAACGCCGCAACAGAAGUUUGCUGCCAGCUCCAGACGGAAGUAUCAGGCGCAGGCACAGGUGGCACCUUCGUUGUAACAACGCCGCGACCUGGAGGUUCCACAGCGGUCCCAGGACAUGGUCUGGUACACAUUGCGCCUGGCCAGUACGGACCAAUAAGUCCAGGCUCUGGACAGCCAGGUCAACCUGGUCAACCUGGCACCCCUGGAACUCCUGGACAACCUGGGCAGCCUGGUCUUCCUGGACACACUGGUUACCAGCCUGGGCAGCCAGGACAGCCUGGACAACCAGGAAAACCUGGGCUACCAGGUCAGCCUGGGCAACCUGGAUACCCUGGUCAGCCAGGACAGCCUGGUCAGCCUGGGACACAAGGACAACCAGGACAACCGGGCCAGCCUGGAUACCCUGCACAACCUGGACAGCCAGGUUAUCCUGGACAGCCUGGACAACCUGGGCAACCUGGAAAACCAGGAUACCCUGGACAACCUGGACAACCUGGGCAGCCAGGAUACCCUGCACAACCAGGACAGCCAGGAUAUCCUGGACAGCCUGGGCAACCCGGACAGCCAGGGUACCCUGCACAACCUGGACAACCAGGAUACCCUGGGCAACCUGGACAACCUGGGCAACCUGCACAACCUGGACAACCCGGAAAACCAGGAUACCCUGGACAACCUGGACAACCAGGAUACCCUGGUCAACCUGGACAGCCUGGACAACCUGGACAACCAGGAUACCCAGCACAACCUGGACAGCCAGGAUACCCUGGACAACCUGGAAAACCAGGAUACCCUGCACAGCCUGGACAGCCAGGAUACCCUGGACAGCCUGGGCAACCUGGACAACCUGGUAAACCAGGAUACCCUGGACAGCCUGGACAACCUGGACAACCUGGACAACCAGGACAACCAGGAUACCCUGCACAACCUGGACAGCCAGGAUACCCUGGACAGCCUGGACAACCUGGGCAGCCGGGAUACCCUGCACAACCUGGACAGCCAGGAUACCCUGGACAACCUGGGAAACCAGGGUACCCUGGACAACCUGGACAGCCUGGGCAGCCAGGAUACCCUGCACAACCUGGACAACCAGGAUACCCUGGGCAACCUGGACAACCUGGACAACCUGGAAAACCAGGAUACCCUGGACAACCUGGACAACCAGGAUACCCUGGUCAACCUGGACAGCCUGGACAACCUGGACAACCAGGAUACCCUGCACAACCUGGACAGCCAGGAUACCCUGGACAACCUGGACAACCUGGAAAACCAGGAUACCCUGGACAGCCUGGACAACCUGGACAGCCAGGAUACCCUGGACAACCUGGACAACCUGGAAAACCAGGAUACCCUGGACAGCCUGGACAACCUGGACAGCCAGGAUACCCUGCACAACCUGGACAGCCAGGAUACCCUGGACAACCUGGGCAACCAGGCCAAACUGGCCAUUCUGGGUACUAUCCAGGGCAGCCUGGAAAGCCUGGGCAACCUGGGACCCCUGGCCAGCCAGGUCUGCCUGGACAACCUGGAUUACCUGGGACACCAGGGCAACCUGGGCAACCUGGACAGCCUGGCCAACCUGGCCACUCUGGAUACUACCCAGGACAGCCUGGAAAGCCUGGACAACCUGGAACACCUGGCCAGCCUGGGCAACCUGGACUUCCUGGACAGCCUGGACAACCUGGACAGCCUGGGAAACCUGGUCAGCCAGGCUACACCCCUGGUAAACCAGGCAGUGUGACCCCUGGAGGAAUCCCCACUGGGCGUCCUGGACAACCUGUUGGAGUAGCUCCUGGUCAGCCUGGCUACAUCCCUGGCCAGCCAGGCCAGUUUGGUUUCAUCACUGGCCCCACUGCUCAGCCGUCACAGCCCACCUAUGUGUAUGGUCAGCAGCCACAGCAACCUGGACAGGUUCUCGUCCCUGUCAGACCAACAGGGACCUUAAAUCGUCCCACUACUGGGUCUGGCUACUACGGAGUGCCCAUCGGUGGGUCCAUCUACGACACAGUGACGCCCGCAGGUGCCCAGAAGCCGUACACUGGUCCACUGAACACCACGCCGCACCCAGGCUGCGCUGCCGCCCUCAAGUGCGUCUCCAUCAACUACUGCACAGCUGAAGGAGUCAUGUCCAACACGCCAGUCGUACUCACUCGCGAGCAGGAGGAGAAUCGUGUACCACUUACGGAUUGCCAGGAUCCAGACACGGGCAUCAUCGGCAAGUGCUGCCGCGACCCCAACUACAAGGACCCCUGGCCUGGCGGCAUGAUGAUGAAGACUCCCCAGCCGGACGAGUGCGCGCCCCUCGGGGCCACCUGCCAGCCCAGCUACCAGUGUGGGGCAACCGCACGAGUGCAGCCCGUCAAGAACUGCAGAGUCGGCCUCGAUGGAUCGUCUGGCGUGUGUUGCCGGUUCCAGCCUAGUUCGGGCAACCCCUUCCUUCCUGGUGGUGUGUUCACUGGCAGUACCAAGAAGCCAGAAUAUGGCUAUGGACCAUCGUCUCCAUCUCCUGGCAAGCCACUAAAGACUCCAGGCUCCAACGUAAUUGUCCCUGGAGGUACCACUGCCGUUGGGUUUCCAGUCACAACGACGCCUUCUCCAUUUGGACAGCCAGGUUUCUCCACAACACCCUCCCCAGGUUCCUACAGACCUGGUUAUACCGUUACUUACCAGCCAGGGGCCUCCUCCACUCCAGGUGUGUACCAGCCUUCUGGUACUGCUGUCUACCCUGGUAGCUCGACCCCUGGUGUUUAUCAGCCAGGCUACUCCACUCCAGGAGUAUACCAACCAUCAUCUACACCAUCACCAUUCCAGCCAUCUGGCACACCUGGAUAUUCAAGCGGCACUACGCUGUCGCCUUACCAGCCAUCAUCUCAACCUGGUUACAGUACAACUCCAGCACCCUUCCAGCCUGCAGGUGGCACCAGGUUCCCCUCAGGUUCGAGACCCGGGGUAUUCCCAUCAGGCUCUACGCCAGGUGGCACUGUGUACCCUGGAUCGACCCCAUCAUCGUACCAGCCAGGUGGCGUGACUGGUUAUCCUACAGGUACCUAUGUACCAGGCAGCCAGACUGGCCAGGGAACACUGCCUGGUUUCCAAGGCCGUCAACCAUCUGGUACCAGCCUCGUAGUAGCCUACAGCAAGAUCAGCCCACCUACCUGCGGCAUUGGCACCAAACAGAGACAGGGCGUGCCGGAGAACGACGCAGCGCCCGGUGAGUUCCCGUGGGAUGUGGUCAUCUUCUCUGACGAGCUGCAGUCGGCGCUCUGUGCAGGAGUCAUCGUCACCGAGAAGGCCAUCCUCACCACCGCCCACUGUGUCGAGGGACGCGAGAGCUCUGACCUGACGGUGAAGGCGGGCCUGCAGUCGGUGGGCGGGCAGCCCGUGGCGCAGUCCCAGGUGGCCGCCACCAUCCGCCACCCCAACUUCGACCCCAACACGCAGUUCGACGACCUGGCGCUGCUGGUGCUGGCGGCGCCACUGCCGCUGGGCGCCGCUGGACGACUCUCCGCCGUCUGCCUGCCGCUCUCCAGGGCCUCCGGGCCUUCCAACGGCUGCGUCGCCAGCGGCUGGACCAAGGCCGCCAUACAAGGCAAGGUUCGUGGAGCUGACGCCACAAUGCACCGGGUGCCGGUGAACCUGAUCGAGCCGGCCACGUGCCAGGACCUGCUGAGGAAGACUUACCUCGGCAAGUACUUCGUCCUCAACAAGAGCUUCGGCUGCGCGCUGCCGGCGACCUCCACGGCCAGCUUCUGUAUGGUUGACGCAGGUUCUCCAGUGACGUGCGAAGACGCGGCGGGCCACCAGGUCCUCCGCGGACUGUACAGCUGGGACGUGGGCUGCGCCGCCCCGUCGGCGCCCGCGUCUCUGUCCUCCGUGGACACCGCGUGGAUCGAGUCGGUGCUGGCCAUUCCCACCGACGAGCUGGUGCGCCAGGAGCUCAACGAGAUCCUGCGGCGCCAGCAGCUGGAGGAGCAGCAGCAGCAACUGGACACCGAGGGCAAGCCGGGCUUCGCACAGGGCUACGGCAAGUAGGCGGACCUCGGCGCCGCGAGGCAGCGUGCGGGGGAGGGCGCUUCAGCGCUUCGUCGGUGGCCACCGCUUUCCACAGUCGAAUAGUGCAAACGGCUUCCACUACUCCUCUUCAGAGGACUCCUCAUUUAUCAUAAUACUGACUGCGAUCUGUGAUGUUUUCAUAUCUUCGCGCAAACUCAUUCAGAUGUUAUCAGUUCCAUGUUACAUUAAACCAUCGACACUGCAGCUACUGGUAGCUUGAUGCACUCAUUUGGAAAUGUAGGGGAUACUGUCGCUUUGCAAGGGUAUUGCUUGUAUGUAAUUUUUGGGACCCUCUACUUGCACGCUUGCCGAGUGUGGAUUUACACUCCAAAAGGAACGUCGGAGCGUCGAUACCUCUUGUACAGCUUCUUCGCAUUGACGCUUCAGACGUUCCCCUUUGAAAUUCCUUAAUGGAAUGGCCAGUGGACAAAGAAAGUGUGCUGUGCUUUCUUUCUAAUCCUGCCAAUUAAUUUUUUUUAAUAAAACGUUUUGUAAACACGUUUUCGUAAUUUAUUUCCAGCAGCGAUUUCAUAAAUGUUUACUAAAGUGACAAACGCUGAUGGAACAAAUUUUGCUGAGACUGACUCCUAAUGGUCUGACUACUCCCCGUGUAGGGCGAUUGCCUGAGGAGGAAUCUUUCACCUGUAAAGCAGGAAAAGGAAGCACGAAAUGAAGGUGAGAGACUAGCUACAACUGUUAGUUUGACGACGAUGUGCCGCUUGUUUCGUUUUACUGAAAGCAACAGUUAAUUACAUUUUUAUUAUAAACAAUGGCCAGUUUACAGAUUUUCUACGUAUUAUGCUACAAACUUUGUGUGUAACAACCAAACGAUAUGCUGCUGUGUGAUUCAGUCAUGUGAUUCACUUAUUUUCUAAUAAAUUUUCUGCUCAAACAAAAAUACUGCCAUAUAAAAAUCUUGAUAAUUUGUAAUGAUUUUUUGUAAAAAUGACCUGUAUUUUGCAGAGUACAUUCUAAAGUUGAUAUGAUCUGAUUUUGUUACUGUAAUGCUUAAGCAAUAUUUACAAAUAAAGUAUGCGAAACAGUAAAUAAAAUGUCCUAUAAUA